UCACAUUUGUUCGGAAUUUCGUGGCCGCCAUUUUCGCGGCAAUUUCAAAGUCCUCGGGUCAUGGUCAAUAAUUCGGCCACAGACCCCCCAAAUGGACCCGAAGGAAGGUGAAACUUGGCAGAUACGCAGGGUAGGCCCUGCUGCAACGUGUCGGAAUGUACUUAAUAUCAUGAAGUUAAAGAUCGGCAUCAACACUUUCGGUAGAAGUCCCAAUAAUGAUUUCUUCUUGGAUUCUAAAAUACUGAAGAACUUCAUUUCCCGCCAUCAUGCUGUUAUAAUAGGUGAAACGAGAGAGGGCGGAAGUGAUGUGUUCUUCCUUCAGGAAAAGGGUUUGAACGGAACCUUCAUCAACGAUGUCAGGAUCAAGGGAUCAAGUAUUCUUACUGAGGGUGACAAGAUCACGUUCGGACACACAAAUGGUUACAAGAUUGAGCCGGGCCAGUAUUCCCGCCAGCCUCACUCGGAGUUCCAGUUUGUGUUUGAGAAGUUCCAGAAGCGCAAUGAGCUCACCAAACAGCAGGGUCUGGACAGUGUGGAAUACCACCAAACUAGGACGUGUUGUGGCACCCGCAAACUGCCGUCUUCGCCGGAGUACGACCGCAGCGAAUGUUGUGACACAGUGGACAAACAGGGUGCUUUACGGACGUCUAGAUCUCCUACUAUUCAGGAACACACACUGCCAGCCAGCCCACAAAUGCCUGUCAUUUGUAGGGAGGAAAAUGAUUUAGAAAGGGGUAGAUUGAAAAAUAUAAGUUCUGUUUGUCCAAACCAAAACUUGUGUCAUGUGCAGAAGAGUCCACCGACACCUGAAGUGCCACAUUUCGUGGAAGAAGUGGAGGUUCAAGGAGCAGCAAAUUCAAUCGAAAGUCACGCUGAAUGUUUUGUGGGUAACUGUGGUAAUGUAUGUGAAGUCGACCAAUCAAAUCAGUGCAAAAGUCCUGUGUUAACCAAUGGAAAUUCAGGAGAAGCAUCUAGUCAAGAUGACAAUUUGGACAGUCCUAAAGAUUUCGUUACAGACAUUCAAGAAGAACUUGAUACAUUCCAAAAGAAAUCAAAUUUCAGUGACGACUGUGAGUUAAACAAAAGUGAAAAUGAAAAUGGCUUUGAGGUGCCUGUGUCAAAGACAGAUGUGUCACCAUGCAAACAGGGCGUUACGAGUUUUGAACCAUGUGAAACAAAGGGGCCAACAAAUCCGAAACGGAUGUGCAAUUCCCGACCUAAUAGUGCUAAGAGUUCCAGUAGUUAUGAUGAGUGUGAUGGGGACGUCAAAGGUGGUCGCAAUAUUUGGAGUAUUAUGUCCGAUAGUAACGAUGAAACCAUGAAAGACAGCUCCGCUCCUAGUCCUGUUGGAGAGUCGUCCUUUGACCAAUCUGACGAUCCGGUCACUCAUCAACAAGAUGAGUCAUUUGACAACCCAACAAACAAUCACACUCUUGGCUUUGGACAGCCGUAUUUCACUGAUGGUGUACAGAACUCUCACUUCAGGAAGGACCAUGAUGGUGAAACAAACUCUAUGUUCAGCGAGGACAGCGAUAGCAAAUCCUCCGACACAAGGACCAGCAAUCAGUCAGGUUCCAACCCCAACAAGAGGAGAAAAGCCAGGCGUUUUGCACCCCGCACCAAGAGGACACGGAUGAGGAUGAAGAAUGAUGAGAAGCUGGAGGAAGGUGUGGAGUGGUAUGAGGAAGAGACCUGUGCAGCCCAGGACUGCAGCAAGCCAACUGACCGCAGGGUACAAUGGGUCCAGUGUGAUGACUGUGACAAAUGGUUCCAUACUGUGUGUGCCGGUUGUCGCUAUGACGACAUCAAAGACUCAACAAAGCAGUUUCACUGCGGUUGUGGAUAGUUCACAGAGUUCAAAGGACCAAUGUUGAGGAGAUCAGAUAGCAAAAGGUCACAGAUGCACAUAUACUUCACAGAUAAUCUUCAAUCGAAGUUCAGUCAAUCAUUUUCAUUUUUCAAACAUAUACUUGUUGCUUUUGAGCAAAGUCCAUAAAUACUCAACAAUUAUUAACAUUGUUUACUGCCUGUUUCCAUGGUUACUGUCUAAUUAUGAAUGGUUGGUGAAUGUUGCUGGAUUUCUUACAGUAGAAACAAGUUCUGUUGCUUUUGUCAAGUUCUAAUGUUGAUAUUGCAAGGGUAGGCAUUAUUCUAGAUCUGACCAUUGACAUGCCAUGGAGAUAACCAUAUAGACAGUCUGAAACAUUUGAAAAUGGACAGUUCUGGUCAUGACCUGAUAUUGAUUGGUCUUAAGUUUCUUAAAUCUUCACUUCAAUGUAAUGAGUAACACUUCUGUUUACACUGCUCCACUUUUCCAAGGAAUAAUUCUAUGCUGCCAAAUUCUGUGGCUGCAGUUAUGUUUAUAGUGUUACUUCAUUAUUACUCCAAUCUGUGAAGGUCUGGGUUAGAAUGUUGAUCUUUAGUAACCCAUGCUUGUCGUGAAAGGCGGAUCAGGUG